AUGUGUAGUGUUCGCGUAAAUAUAAGAAAUCAUUAUGUAAACCAGUACGGACUGGUAAUUGCAAAUAAAAUUCGCCGAUUAGAAGAUCUCAUGACCAAGCGCGCAAGAUAUGUAACAUCGUUGAAUUUUCUGAAAAGGUGCCGCGACCACCAGCUCAUUCCUACGUGCGUCAAAAUAUCUACUAAAAAGGACAUUCGAGGAAGCGCUAAGAUCUUAAAUCAGGCAAGUAAAAAGUUGUUACGAACGGUGAUUCAGCAAAAACGGUUCGAUUUACAAAUCAUAAAUAAUACCAUAGACAAUUUGUCCAGUGAGUUAAAGACCGUUUUAACGACAUUUGAUUUUAAUAAUUGCAUUGAAACUUUAAACAAACGCGAAAUAUCGAAACAUAAUGAAUGCAAAGACAAACAAAUAGAAAAAUACCAAAAAUUAACUAUCAAAUCAAAUGCCAAACAUCCAUGUCAACGUAGAAACGAAACGCAACAACCGUUGACCACAGACGCAAACAAUAAACAACGCACGGUCUAUAAUUUGUCAAAAGAAACACUGGACGAACCAACAAUAAGAGUAUUGUCGAAAGGCUUAAAUUUUGCUAUAACGCCGCAAAAAAUCCCGUACGAGGAAAUUAUCUGUAGUGUUGAGGAUUGUCUGUUUAAGAAUAAUAUCGGUAAAGAGGAUUUAGAGGCUAUACGUCAAGACAUUUCGUCCUUGUUACGUCGAAGUUCAGCGCCGAAAUUAAACCUGCCCAAAGACGAAUUUAAAGCGUUGUACAACUUACGCAACAGACCAGAGCUCACGAUUCUCCGCGCAGAUAAAGGAAAUGCUACGGUAAUAAUGGACACGUCAGAGUAUAAUUUCAAAAUACAACAACUUUUAUCGGACGUAAGUACAUACAAAAAGGUCAAAAUAGACCCUACAACUAAUACACUCAAAACAACUACUGAUUUAAUAAAGAAAUACUCCGAAAAAUUAAAUCUUGACGUGAAUUCGACAAUACCAUCAUGUGCCAAACCACCGAGGUUGUAUGGGUUACCGAAAAUACACAAACCAAACGCUCCACUACGUCCUAUAGUAAGCCAGAUCGAUUCACCAACUUAUAAGUUGGCUCAACACUUGGCGAAAAUACUGUCACCACUAAGAGGACAUACCAGAGCACACACAAAGGAUUCAUACCAAUUUGUUAGUGAGAUUAAAGACCUACAUCUCGCUGACAAUGAAACUAUGGUCAGUUUUGAUGUUCAGUCACUAUUCACAUGCCUACCUAUUGAAGACUGCAUCUCAAUUGUUACUAGAAAGCUAGAAGAUAACAACAUGCCUACAGAAUAUGCAGUAUUACUCAAACACUGCCUCACAUCUGGCUAUUUAUUGUGGAAAGAAGAGUUCUACAUGCAAGUAGAUGGAGUGGCAAUGGGCUCACCUGUAUCUCCCGUAGUCGCCGACAUAUUCAUGGAGGACUUUGAGGAGAAAGCCCUUCUUACUGCUCCUGUAAAUCCAAGAUUCUACAAGCGGUACGUAGACGAUACUUUCACAAUUUUACCAUCUGACAAAGUAACUGCAUUUUUAAACCACCUUAAUUCCAUAAACCCUAAAAUACAAUUCACAAUGGAGUUAGAGGCAAACAAUACUUUAGCUUUUCUAGAUGUUUUAGUCAUCCGAAAUCCUGAUAACACUAUUGGUCAUACUGUGUACAGAAAAAAUACCCAUACCAACCGAUAUUUAAAUGGUGAAUCUCACCAUCAUCCUUCACAGUUAGCUACCGUGGGAAAAUCUUUGUUUCAGAGAGCACGAGGGAUCUGUGACAGAAAACAUCUGGCCGCCGAGCUUCAGCACGUCGAGCAAGUACUGCAAGACAACAAGCUUCGGGUCCCGCGCCUACGUCACAGUGACCGAGUGAAGCCAGCCACAGUCGAGCGUGUGCCUGCUGUACUACCCUAUGUCAGAGGAGUCACAGACAAGGUUGGCUACAUCUUGAAGCGAGCUUCCAUUAAAACGUACUUCAAGCCGCUGAAGAAGAUUGGUCAAUUUUUACCAUCCGUCAAGUGUCAUAUCCCUCUACAAGAUGCAGGAGUGUACAAGCUGGAUUGUGAAUGUGGUCUCUCGUACAUAGGACAAACAAAAAGAUCUAUUAAAACCCGCGUUAAAGAACAUAUAGCUGACGUGAAGCACCGACGUAUCGGGAAGUCUGCAGUUUGUGAACAUGUUCAGGAUCGUCCCCGUCAUUACAUUAGAUUUGAUAGACCACAAAUCCUCGCAAAAGAACACCGAUUCCUCCCAAGGAUGAUUCGCGAGGCUAUUGAAAUUAAAAAACAUCCUAAUUUCAAUAGAGAAGAUGGAUGGGUUCUGCCAUCUGCUUGGGAUCCCAUAAUUAAUAAAAUCAAAUCCAAACCCAAGUAUACCACUGCUAGACUUCAAGAUACUGUAAGCUCAUUCUGCCGACAUCUAGAAUGUUCGAGUACAUAUCGGUCCCGAAAUUUCUGGAAGGAUCUCGACUCUCCUAGUUCUGCUACUCGACACUAG